GUCUACAGCAUAUACAACAAGUUUUAUUAAAGGACACGUUAUUUAUGCUUGUUCCUGCCUCAGGAUGCUGCUGUUGCAUCAGCUGUUACAGGGGCCUGCUGCUGAUGACCUGGGACACAGUGGGAAGCAGAAAGUGUUGACCAGAUCGCUGUAGAGGAAUGUGGCUAAGCUGUGGGGAGUGGUGGAUCAGCUCAGUGUGACCAGGAGAACAGACUGCCUCGUUACUACAGUUUCUGUGCCUUAUUCCUGGAAGGCCACGUCGCCUCAGGUCUCCAUGGACUUGCUGCAGGACUCCAGUCACACCAUGUGGGGUCUAAAUGCCCGCUUAAAGGGCUUCCUGGAGCAGGUGAACAGGCUGCAGGAGGCUAACCAGCGGCUGGAGGCUCAGAUAGCCGAAUGGGGCGUCAGGAGCACCUCCCGCUCUCGGGAUUGGUCCCAGCAGGAACAGACUGUCAAGGAGCUCCGUGCCCAGGUUGGUAACCUGCUGAUGGAGAAUGCCCAGCUGGCAUUACAGUCUGACAGCAUGAAGUCCAGAGCUGCUGCCAUCCAGGCCAGGUGUGAGACGGAGGAGGUGAACACCAGGCGUCUGGAGCAACAGGUGGCUCUGCUCAGGGAGUCAAAGAGGAAGGUGGAUCAGAACAGCGUGGCGCUGCAGGCAGACCUUCGCCACUCCAUGACCGAGCUGCAGGAGAUGAACCAGGAAUUUGAGGCAGCCCGGGCUCUGCAGCUGCAGCGGGCCGGCUCCUGCGAUGCUCUGUUAGCAACGGCCACAGCAGCAAGAGGGGAGGAGGAGGAUGGCACAGGGAUGGAGCUCACCCAGCUCCUCGACCGAAUCAGAGCGCAGUGCGACCAGGGCAGACUCCCCGGCCUGGGCGAGAGACACCAUGGCCUGGGGGCCACGUCAAAUCCACUCCCCGGCCUGGUGGGGCCCAGCCGCUCUGGAGCAGCAGCAGCAGCAUCCAGAACACACGGAGGAGUUCUCAGUGAGGAGGAGGCAGCAUGGACGCAGGUGAGCCUCGGCGGCGCUGCCCUGAGGGAGGCCCGGGCCGAGCUCGCUGAGGCCCGGAAGCAGUGGCACUCCCUGCAGGUUGAGAUUGAGACCCUACAUGCCUUGGAGAAAGGCCUGGAGAGCUCCUUACAGAACACCCAGCGUAUGUACUCCACCCAGCUGCAGGACCUUUCCCAGGUGAUCGCUGGGCUGGAGAACGAGCUGGAGCAGGUGAGGAGCGGGCUGGCCACCCAGCGACAGCGCCACAGCCAGCUCCUCAACACCAAGAUGAGGCUGGAGCGAGAGAUCUCCACCUACCGACGUUUGCUGGAGCGUGAGGAGGGCAGGUACAUGGGCCGUAAUGGGCGCCCAAUGGGUCUGCGACCAUGGAGGACUUCCGUGGAGGAACCUAAGGAGAACGGGCUGGAGAACGGCUUCAGCGACCCGGCUGUUACUCCGGAUGAACCCAAGUCUGAGCCCCUGCCUGAAAUACCUCCACUUCUCCCAGCAGACAGUGGGCCAAAGAAAAGCAUACUGCAUAGACAGCAAAGCCUUGUGAUACUUACAGAGCCAGAGCAAGAUAAAGACUUGCCAAUCUCGACUGUGAAGACUCAGGAGAUUCUUCAGGGCAAUGUGGUGCGUGAGAGCGCAGAGGGUCACGGCACCAUUGAGACAGAAAAGAUUGACAAGGUGAUAAAGCAGUGGGAGGGCUCCUUCUUCAGAGGGAAUCCCAAGCUGCGGAAGAAGUCGGUGUCGCUCCGCUUCGACCUGCACAUGGCCACAGCAGACGAGGGGUGCGCCCAGACUAAACAGGACAGCCUCCCCGACGUGGAGGUGCGUCUCAUCAUGAAGAGAUCUCGCAGCAUCCCGACUAUCACUCCAUAACUCGGAGUCCGCACCGCUUCACAGCUUGUUUGUGGUAAAUCAGGUGAUGUUGAAGUUACAGAAAUAACAGCUGUGUCAUUGACAGCCAGGAUGUUGCCAUCCAUUGCCGCUUAGUAUGAGUUCCAAAUCACAUCAUUUGUUGAACUUUGCUGAUGACUGAAACUGAGAUUUCUCUCAUCAAAUCUCGACUCUGGCAGGAUAAGCAUCACCCAUCAGGCUUCUGUGCUGAUCUAAUGGGGCCAUUUUUAUAGUGUCAGAAAACCGCAUCACAUAUAUCAGACCCACAUUCAUUACUUUACAGCGGAUAAUGAUUUCAUAUGUAAACAUAUUUCUUUGUCAUCAUUUCUAGAUCUAAAAAGUGUCUCUCAAUACUGCCACUAUUUCAGUAUGAGGUCACUGGACAAAAGAGAUUAUAUCGAGCGUAUGACUCUGCUUAACCACAGCAUUUAAUUCCAAUGAACGCCUGGUACGGGAGGCUGAGAGCACAGAUAGAUGGAGAUAAAUAGAGGCGUGGAGUCACAGAUAACGAUGACCUGCGGUGAACUAUCUAAAGGUGGAUUUUUUUGUAUUCUUUUUAAGAGACUGUACGGAAAUUAUUGGGGUGGGUGUGGCAAAAAAGGGGGAGUGUUAUGAUGUAGUGUUUUUUAAGUAAUCUCUCCGUUUAGCACUUAAUUUGUCGCCAUCCAAUAGCAGCUCCCACCUUCACUUUGUUCUGCAGAAUAACAUGGCGAGAAUAUUCAGUAAACAGGACACGUUAUUUUAUGUUUGCCAUACGCGCAAUUCUUCAUGCACUUAUAAAUAGGAAAAUGAAUAGUAAGAAUUCAGUCAGACCAAAGUGCAUUGUGGGUUUAAUCGCCACUUUUGAGGUGGUUUGCAUUUUCUUUGCCUCUGUUUUUAAGUUAAAUUUAUAACGAUAAAUAAGUUAAGGAUGCUUAAAUAAUUCUAUGAAAAAAGGGGGCAGGAUGAGAUCAUUUUACUUCUUCCCACUCUUUUUUGAACAUGUACUGAUUUGCUCAUCAUGGGUUGAAUGAAUUGGUUGUAGAGCUGCAAUGAUUCCUUGAUUAUUUCUCAACUAUUAGAUUAAUCCACAACUAACUUGCUAAUCAAUUUGAGACAGCAUAAAAAAGUCACAAAUUACUAAUCCCAGUUUCUGAAACCUUUUAAUGGUUUAUUUACUCCUGACAUUGACAAUAAACUGAAUGUCUUGAGAUUAGGGUGAAAACAAGAAAUAUGAGGAUGUCAUUUUGGGAUUACAAAGAAACAAACAUUGAUUUUUUUACAAUUUUCUGACACUUGAUAACCAAACAACUAAUCUAAUAAUUGAGAGAACAGUUGACAGAUUAAUUAACAAAGACAUAAUUAUUAGUUGCAGCCCCUUAUUGAUUGUUUUCUUUCCUUGACCAAUAGCAUUAGAGGUUAACUUGCCUUGCUUGAACAUAGUGAAUUGCUUACUCCUUCUAAAAAAUCAUUUAGGAUUUUUUGGCUCCCUCAAUCGUGUGUCAGGAUAAGUGGUGCAUGAAUGAAUAAACAGAAACUUAAUGAUUUGGCGAACAUUUAACAUAAUUUACUAUUAAAUUAAGCUUUAUGUAUUGUGAAUACAUGUGAUGUUUCCCCGAUAAUGCUCUUCUGCCUUAAUGCAGUUCACACAUUUUUAUAAUUGUUGACUUAUUAAAAGGUCCAGUGUGUGGGUUUUGGGGCUUCUAAUGGCAGAAAUUGAA